AGAGGCAGUAUACCACCAACAGGAUAAAGAUGAAUCAUAUCCACCCACUAUUUCAUGCAUUCGUGUCUCUCCAUAUAAAUUUCUAGAAAUCGAAAAAUUGUAAUUAAUGGCUGGAUGUGGCCACAAAACUAGCAGAAUGCGUAAUUCUGUAGAAUUUCUACACAAAAAUUGUAUCUCGUGAAUUCCGAAUAUCAGGCACAGUAGGAUUGAAGUUCAGAUCCUUCCUCUGAAAAUUUGUGUGUCAAUCAGUUGGAAAAUUUGCAGGCACAAUAUGUCCCACUCUAGGCCCUGCUCUUCAGCGGAGCCCUCACUCAGUUUCGAUGUUGACAAAACGUUCGACGUUUUCUUGAGUUUUCGCGGCCCCGACACCCGCGAAAGGUUUGUGAGAAGACUGUACGAUGCUCUGGUUCAAGAAGGCAUUCUCACAUUCUUAGACCAAGAAAGCUUAAAAAAGGGCGAUCAUAUCCCUACUUCCUUGGAAAGAGGAAUAACAGAGAGUAGGAUCUGCAUUCCUAUUUUCUCCAAGAAUUUUCCACAAUCAAAAUGGUGCCUGAAAGAAGUGUCCCUAAUGGUUAAAUCUGGUGUUAAAAUCUGUCCCCUGUUUUAUGACGUUUUGCCUACUGUUCUUAGGUGUCGAGAUGGAAGUGAAUAUGCAGAGUACUUCAAGCAGCAUGAAAGCCAGAAAGGAUUGUCUGCCGAGUUAAUCCAUGAAUACAAAAACGCAUUGGACGGUGUUUCUAAUCUCUUUGGUUGGUGUUUCAAUCAAUACACCAGGCAGGGAGGACGAUUUGAUCAAAGAAGUUGUGAUCGAUGUUAAAAAAAGCUUACGUUCAAACAGUCUACACAAGGUGUAUCUGGACAUUCCGAAAUGUUUUGGGUUAGACUGGCGCGUGGAUCAUCUCUUGAGAUUACUAAAAGUAGCGGAUCGUCAGAAGAAGGCUGUGAAAGUGGGAAUACACGGUAUGGGUGGGAUAGGUAAAACCACCCUCGCAAAGAUUGUUUGCAAAGAACUUCUAUUCUUAAAGUUCCAAGUGUUCUGUUUUGUUCCAAGUGUGGGAGAAAGAUGUCAAGAGGCGAAUGGGCUUGUAAAGCUGCAGACCCACAUGCUCAAAUGUAUCCCAGGGUUCAGAGGUGAAGUAGAUCAUGUUGAUCAAGGAAAGGGUCUGCAACAAGAGAGGCUCCGGGGUAAGAGAGUUCUGCUUCUUCUGGAUGACAUUGAAAGUUCUGAGCAGCUCGAAGCUCUUGCAGGAAAUUACAGCGAUUUUGGGGCAGGCAGCUAUGUGAUCAUUACAUCACGAGAUGAACAAAUCCUAAAAGUGGCUAACGUUGAUGUAGUCUACGAGGUACGAAGGCUUCCUCACAAACAUGCCAUGCAAUUGUUUAAUUUUCAUGCAUUUCCCAAUUCUUGCCGUCCAGAUCAAGAGCUGCAAACUCUGCGCAAUGAUGUUGUCAGUGCCUGUGAAGGCCUUCCUCUUGCCCUCCAACUUGUUGGGAAAAGCCUGGUUGGUGAAGGGAAUCUAGAUGUAUGGAAAGAAAUGGUAGGAAAGUUAAGGUGUGAACCUGAUCUCCAAAAGAAACUUAGAGUCUCCUACGAUAGUCUUGAUCCUUUAGAAAAGGAAAUGUUUCAAGAUAUUGCUUGUUUUUUUGCAUGGAGGAAGAAAGAAAUUGCUAUGAUCUUUUGGGCAGAGCUGAUUCCGAGUCCUCACGCAUCUCUCAGAAGUCUCUUGCAAAAGUCCUUGGUAAGUUUGGGCCCUAGCAACAAAUUCCUGAUGCACCCGUGCCUCCGGGAUUUGGGAAGAAGUAUAUCAAAUGAAAUAUCUAGAGAGCCCCGUAAACGCACAAGAUUAUUUGAUGAGGACGAUGCGUACCAUGUUUUAUGGAGACCCAGUGAAAAGGCCAAGCUUGUGCGUUAUUUUUGGUAUGAGCCCAAGCAGCCGAUAACAUUGAAGGCAGCAAUGUUCAAGCCACUGUACAACUUGCAGUUGCUUUGGCUUACAGAUGUUGCCAUAGAAGGGCACUUUUCUGGGGAAUUCUCCACCUUGGAGGAUUUGAGAUGGCUAAGCUUGAGAAAUUAUCCAUCAAAAUGUCUACCCAAAGGAAUGAACUUGCAGAGCCUUGUUAUUCUGGAAGUGACCUAUAGCCAGAUCACUCAUCUGUGGGACGAAACAGCAGAAGAAAAUCCAACUAUGAGGCCUGGGAAUCUUAAAGUGCUUAUUUUGAGGGGAUGCGCAUCCCUGAAGAGUCUUCCUGCUACACUAUGCUAUACACUCUUGCAGAUGUUGGACCUGCACAACUGCAAUUCAUUGAGCAGCCUGCCUGAUUCCGUGGGAAGCUGGACCAGCUUAGUUAACCUCGACAUGGAAGGAUGCAGUGUUUCCUCUUUGCCUCAUGACUUUGGCGAACUUGCUAAUCUUCAGGAGCUGAAUCUCUCCUACUGUCAGAAUCUGUCUAAACUUCCCGAUAGCUUUGGGAAUUUGACUCAGCUGGAAAGGCUAGAAAUUCACCACAAUCAUAAGCUCACAGAGCUGCCCGACAGUAUUGGCGGCCUGAAAUCUUUGGCUUUUUUGGAUGUCAGCUAUUGCCAUUCACUGAGCGGCCUACCCAAUACCGUGGGAAGCUUGAUCAGCUUAGUUUGUCUUGAAAUGGAAGGAUGCGGCGUUUCUUGUUUGCCUCAAAACUGCUGCAAUCUUUCAAGUCUGCAGGAGCUGAAUCUUUCAAACUGUCAAUAUCUGUCUGAACUUCCUGAUGGCUUUGGGAAUUUGGCUCAGCUGGUAAUACUAGAAAUUCACCACACUCCUGGGCUUACAGAGCUACCCAAUAGCCUUGGCUCGUUGCAACAGUUAACGUCGCUCAAUCUGGUGGGGUGCAACGCUGUCUCUUGUGUGUCUCUCGAAAGCUGCUUGUCUGGUCUUCCGGCUCUCGAGGGCUUUUUAGUUGGUGGGCCCGGCUUCUCAUCAGCUCAAUUACAAAUAUUUUAUGAUUCCUUCAAGGACUUUUCUUUCAGCAAAACUUGUCUACUGGAUAAUCCAGACGCCCCUGCAUAUUGGGUACAUGGGCAGGCAGGUGGAAAUGACGGGUGUGAAAAAGAGUGUAUCGAUUAUUGCACUGGUGAGAAUAAAGUUGAGUGCUGUGCUGGAUAUACUGUUUGUUUAGUCUCCUGUGGGGUAAACUUAGGUAUUAAUAGGUUAAGCUACAAAAUUGAAAGGGCUGAUAGUUUACUUCAUUGUUCAGUGAACUCUCAAAACUCAACCAUAGGUGGUGGAGAUUACUUUGAGGUGCGUCUUGUACGAGUAGAGGCGAAUAUAGACUUUGCUUGGUUGAAGGGAGGGAAUAAAGUGAAGGUGAAUGCAAAGUCUGAUUAUGAGAACUGGAAGGCCUCUUUUAAAUUUCUAAUGUAUGAAGCGACUGUGCUCUCUAAAGAUCCCGAGCCUCCCAAAAUGAUUACUUUUGUCAUGUAAAACAACGUGACUUGAUUAGAGUCCAUUGAAAAAGGCGCUACCUACAGCGACUGAAGUGACUGUAUAAUUGUACAUUUAGUGUAUAUAUUAAUGCAAAUGAGGUUUGCCCUCAUUUAUGAUUGCCUAUCAA